AUGAGGGUGCUUAUCUUUCUGUAUAUUCUUGUCUUGUUUGGAAGAACAGGUCAUUCACGAUGUUCAAAUCUUUGUGAGUGCAAGCAGAGGAGGACUUUGGUCGAUGUGACAUGCACUGAUCUUGAUGAUAUGCCUCAGGAUCUCCCAUGCAACACUAUUUUGCUUAACUUGAAGAGCAAUUCAAUCACGGCACUCAAGAAGGAGUCAUUCUCAUGUCUCGGAAGCUUGGUUGAGCUUCUCCUGUCCAACAACCGUAUUCGCUUAAUCGAGAAAGGAGUCUUCGAGGAUGCAACCCAACUGGAGUACAUUGAACUUGAUUCAAACUUCAUCCAAAGGAUACCAUACCUUGGUCCCUUACCGGCUCUCCUGAAGCUAUCAGUCACCAGGAAUUCUCUGAAAGAGUGGCAACAGCAGACCAUUCGUGAUACAUCAGGUCAUUCACGAUGUUCAAAUCUUUGUGAGUGCAAGCAGAGGAGGACUUUGGUCGAUGUGAUAUGCACAGAUCUUGAUGAUAUGCCUCAGGAUCUCCCAUGCAACACUGUUUUGCUUAACUUGAAGAGCAAUUCAAUCACGGCACUCAAGAAGGAGUCAUUCUCAUGUCUCGGAAGCUUGGUUGAGCUUCUCCUGUCCAACAACCGUAUUCGCUUAAUCGAGAAAGGAGUCUUCGAAGAAAUAACCCAACUGGAGUACCUUGAACUUGAUUCAAAUUUCCUUCAAAGGAUACCAUAUCUUGGCUCCUUACCGGCUCUCCUGAAGCUAUCAGUCACCAGGAAUUCUCUGAAAGAGUGGCAACAGCAGACCAUUCGUGAUACAUCAGGUCAUUCACGAUGUUCAAAUCGUUGUGAGUGCAAGCAGAGGAGGACUUUGGUCGAUGUGACAUGCACAGAUCUUGAUGAUAUGCCUCAGGAUCUCCCAUGCAACACUGUUUUGCUUAACUUGAAGAGCAAUUCAAUCACGGCACUCAAGAAGGAGUCAUUCUCAUGUCUCGGAAGCUUGGUUGAGCUUCUCCUGUCCAACAACCGUAUUCGCUUAAUCGAGAAAGGAGUCUUCGAGGAUGCAACCCAACUGGAGUACAUUGAACUUGAUUCAAACUUCAUCCAAAGGAUACCAUACCUUGGUCCCUUACCGGCUCUCAUGAAGCUAUCAGUCACCAGGAAUUCUCUGAAAGAGUGGCAACAGCAGACCAUUCGUGAUACAUCAGGUCAUUCAAGAUGUUCAAAUCUUUGUGAGUGCAAGCAGAGGAGGACUUUGGUCGAUGUGACAUGCACAGAUCUUGAUGAAAUGCCUCAGGAUCUCCCAUGCAACACUAUUUCGCUUAACUUGAAGAGCAAUUCAAUCACGGCACUCAAGAAGGAGUCAUUCUCAUGUCUCGGAAGCUUGGUUGAGCUUCUCCUGUCCAACAACCGUAUUCGCUUAAUCGAGAAAGGAGUCUUCGAGGAAGCAACCCAACUGGAGUACAUUGAACUUGAUUCAAACUUCAUCCAAAGGAUACCAUACCUUGGUCCCUUACCGGCUCUCAUGAAGCUAUCAGUCACCAGGAACUCUCUGAAAGAGUGGCAACAGCAGACCCUUCGUGAUCCAUCAGAUACUGUCUACCAAGAAACAGCAAGGCAUAUGAUCUUUAUCUGUCCGAUAAUGAAAUCAAAAGCAUUUCCAAUGAUUCAUUUGACAAGCAACAGCAGUUCUGGAUGUUGGAAUUAA